AUGGAUCCCUUCAACAGAAAGUCCGCUGAAAUCUCCCAGAAGUCGCUCCAGGAACGGUCGCGGAGGCAGUCAGAGGAUAGCGAGGGCCACGAUUCAUAUGAACUGGCUGUAGCCACCGUGUCUGAUGGCUUCCGACCAACAGAUCUAACGCCAACCGACACUUCAUCCUCAUCUUCGACCCCCAACAACCCCGAGGUCGCCUCUCCCGAUUCUUCGCAGGCUCGAUUGCUGUCUCUAAACCCAUCCAACCAGCAACAGUCGAGUUCUGCCACCUCCAAACCCCCACCAUCCGCGCCUGCCCGUCCAUCAAGCGCAUAUAAACCACCACGACCUCACGAUUCUCUUACGCUUCACAACGAUGGCUCGAAUUCUGCCCAGACCGGUCCGUCAUUAGCAUCAUCCACAGGGAUGCCUCAGUUGCGGCCUCAGAGCCCUUAUCGAGGUCCCACCAGCGCUUCGCAUCCGUAUCAGAUGUAUCUACAGAGGACACUGAGCAACGCCACGGCAUCGACUGACCAACCUGCGAACCGUCGUUCAUACGAUGGACAUCGCGGCCCCGCGCAUCCAUAUGCUCUUUAUCCGCAAAACAUUGCCACUACAGGCGAUGAGACUCCUCACCAGAUCCCCCUCGGCUUCGCAGCAGCUGGCGAUGGAUACCAAAGACAACUUGGACCGGAUGGAGAAGAAGCAGGCGCUUUAGUUGGGCCGUUGGGACAUACCGAAGAGCUACCUCCCUACACGAGAUAUCCUGAUCAAGCUUUUGCCUCCAAGACCCCCGCUGUUGCGAUACCGGAAGAAACCAUGACCGGGACUUCGACUCCGGCUGGGACCGUUGCUGGGGCCGGGAGAGCAACGCGGAAUCCCGAGUUCUCCUCUGAAGAGGACCUUCAGCCCUCACAAUCUAGACCAUCUAGUAACAGUCGGCACGACAUCAACACGGCCGCUCAGAGCUCCGCAGAAAAGGCCAGAAUGAACAAGUGGCAGCGCAGGGGAAAGAAGAAGCUUUGGGGCAUUGUGCCAUACUGGGCCAUUUGCCUGCUUUUGAUCGGCGUUGUUCUCAUGGGCGUCAUCUUGGGCGCCGUUAUUGGAACUGUUCUGUCACAUCAUAAAUCGCGACCUAGUGGCGGUCCAUCCGAUGACAAUUAUCCGACUCCAUCGCCAGCGCCUGAUGUUGUUCCUUUGAGCAGCGUCCCAAUUGGUCUGCCUCGUCUGCCGCCUGGUAACUAUGCGCUGCCACCCAUUUUCCCCAGCGCAGCGCCCAACUCGUGUCUCGCCGAUCCCAGUCAGCUCUCUGCUUGGAGCUGCAACUUACCUUAUAGCUAUUACCAAAUGAAUAUCGAUGUAUCUGACGACGCAGAAGACACGUCGUGUUACAACCUCACUCUCAAGGCCAUCAACUCCCUGGAUUCGCAAUUUCUCUGGGGAACACAGCCUCCACACAUCUAUAGCUCGCCCAUGCUACUUGUCAACGACACUAUGGAGCCUCGCCGUGGCCCGGCGUGGUGGCUCCAGGUGACAUAUGACAAAACCGUCGUCGUUCAAGAGGAUGCAUUCUCUUCAAAAUCCAAGCGCUGGGACAACCUGGGCCGGCCACUCAUCAACCACGACAUGAUGCAGAGCAGGGGCACAAGUGUCGGGGCUAAGAAUGGCGACAAGCCUUGGAUAUGCACAUGGCCUGACACGAAGCUCGACGUUUUCAUCUAUCCUACUCAAAACGCCAGCUCAUCGCCUCACCCAACGUCGACGGUAGCUCCUGUCUCCAACCCGUACCCUACGGACGGCUUUCACCCUUAUCCGAAAACGGUCAAAUUCACGGAGAACCGGGUGACUUCGUUGACUCCCAAGCCUUUUUGUCGCCAGGUCCUGAUUUACAACGAUGGGCGCAGCAUGAAGAACUUGACCGAUAGCUUCGGAAAACCCAUCGUGAUUGAGCUCGACGAAAACUUUGACAACGAUAACCAGAAGAGCAGUUACGGACGAAAGCGCGAUGGACGCCCGGUUCGUAGGAGCUGGACCGAUCCUUGGGUUGCCAAACAAGUGUAUAACCUGACGCCCUGUGGGUGUCUGCUGUGGUCUUCUCCUUUUACGGGUUCCUCAUAG